AUCUGAAGAAUCUACAACACACACAUGUGACCAGAAUAUGUCUGCAUGCUUUUGUUUCUUUUUUCUUGCCUUCUUUUGACAAAUAUCUGUAUCAAUACAGGUAUUGAUCUCCUCCUAAUGAUACCUAUCCCUAACCUAUACUUAAUUCGUUCGCCCAGGGCGCAUAUGUAGCCAGGACCGGCGCUGUAUAUAUAUAUAUAUAUGCAGCUAGACCCUUCUCCCACGCGGAUGUUUACCAUCGGAACUUCCGCGUGCUCUUACUUCCUCCACAUUCCGUGAUACUUGAAAAUAAUAAUUUUAUUUUGAAAGGACCUGUAGCGAGCUCAUGGCUAGUUUCCUGUCAAUUUCUGAAGUGUGAUUUUUGAGAGCGGGAAGACUCGAACGUCCGUGUCGUACUAUCCGCCCGGUGUCACCGGUCAAACUGUCGGACACGGACCCGGUAAUGUACCAGAGCAAUGGUGACGAGCCUAGCAUUAGCAUUAGCUCUUGCUAGCUAGCCAGUAAAAGCUAACAAGUGACUGUCUCGCUCAGCUCUCAGUGAAUGUGUGUGUGUGCCUGUAACACAGGAGGGGGGCUAUCAUCAGGAACAUGGCUGCAUCUCCAGUGGAGUACACCAUUGGUGGGGUGAAGAUCCAGUUCCCCUGCAAGGCGUACCCGUCCCAGCUGGCCAUGAUGAACUCCAUCAUACGAGGGCUGAACUAUGGGCAGCACUGUUUGCUGGAGAGUCCCACAGGAAGUGGAAAGAGCUUGGCCUUACUCUGCUCGGCUCUGGGCUGGCAGUAUGCUCAGUUUGCUAAAGCGAAAGAAGGAGGACACCUUGCAGAUGACAAGAGUCAGUCAGAGAAGAACUGUGGCGACUCUAAGAAGCCAGUCACCACCUCCUGUCAGUGUGUAUGCCACAGCAGAGCCAACAGGACCACAGCUACACCAGCAGCCAGUCCUGAUAUUGUGGACCUCACUGCGUCACCCCGCAAAGAGACCUCACAGCCUCCAGCACCUGAACAUGUGCCGUCACCACAGGAGUUGCAGCCCAAGAGACAGUCUAUAGCCUCUCGUCUGUCUGAGAAGUUCCAGGCUUCCCUCCGCUCUGACCAUGAGAAAGAUGACGACUUUCAGACAGACAGGAAACGCAUUCGCACUGCUGAACACACGAGCCGUAAAAGACAGCGUCUGGAGCAGGGAGUCAUAUUCAUAGACGAUGAGCCGGAGCAGGAAAAUGAGCCGUCGGGUGUUCGGAAUUGGACGACAGGACCAAACAGCCAGGCAGCUGGCGUCCCCUCAUCCUGCUGUUCCCCUGAACCCUGCUCCAAAUGCCUGUGUGCUUCAACCAAAAAUGAUGUGAAGGACAAAGACAAAGACAAAGAUGGCAAAAAGAAGGUUCCCAAGAUCUUCUUUGGAACUCGCACACACAAGCAGAUAACUCAGAUCACCCACGAGCUGAAGCGCACCGUGUACACCGGCGUGCCCAUGACCAUCUUAUCCAGCAGGGAUCACACCUGCGUGAACCCGGAGGUGGCGCCUCACUUCAACCGCAAUGAACUCUGCAAAGAACUGCUGGAGGGCAAAGAUGGAAGGUCAUGCCGCUAUUACCACGGUGUUCAGAGGAUGCAGGACCAGUACAUGCUAAAGCAAGUCCAUGGACUCCAUGAUGCCUGGGACAUCGAGGACCUGGUGGCACUGGGCAAACGGCUCCGGUCCUGCUCCUAUUAUGCUGCCCGUGAACUUAAGCAGGAGGCCUCCAUCAUCUUCUGCCCAUAUAACUAUCUGCUGGACCCAAUGAUUAGAGAGAGCAUGGAGAUCAACCUGGCAGGCCAGAUCUUGGUACUGGAUGAGGCCCAUAACAUUGAGGACUGUGCAAGGGAAAGUGCCAGCUACACUGUAAACUACAACAAUCUGGUGAUGUCCAAGGAUGAGCUUGACGGCAUGGUCAGCAACAACAUCAGGCGAUCCAAACACGAGCCACUCAGGAACUUCUGCUAUAGCCUGAUCAACUGGAUCCAAGACAGCCAAGGCCUGAUGUCUGAACGGGGAUAUGAGAGCGCCAGUAAAGUCUGGAGUGGGAAGGAUAUACUGGGCAUCUUUCAUGGCCUGGGCAUCACUGAUGCUACCUUUAAUAUACUGAAGCAAAACCUGGCAGCAGUAUUGGAGAAAGAGGAGCGUAUUGGUUUGGUUAAUGGUAAAGAGGAUAUGGUGUCAAUCCCCACCAUCAGCUCAGCUACCUCCACCGUCCUCAAAGGCCUCUUCAUGGUGCUCGACUUCCUCUACAGAGACAACAGCAGGUUUGCAGAAGACUACCGGGUAGCCCUGCAGAGGAGCUAUGCUUGGACAAACCAGGUCCCACCCGAUGUCCCCGAUGCACAGGGCUUUUUGGUUCGGCCACGCAAGAGACAAAGGCAGAGCGUCCGAGUCAAGACAGAAGUCCUGACACUCAGCUUCUGGUGCCUCAACCCUGCUGUGGCUUUCUCUGACUUGAGUGGCUUGGUGCACAGCAUCGUGCUGACAUCAGGAACCCUGUCACCCAUGGGCUCCUUCUCCUCUGAACUAGGGGUGAAAUUCACCAUUCAGCUGGAAGCCAACCAUGUCAUUAACAAGUCCCAGGUUUGGGUGGGCACUAUCGGUGCGGGACCCCAGGGCAGAAAACUCUGUGCCACCUUCCAACAUACAGAAACGUAUGCCUUCCAGGAUGAGGUGGGUGUGCUGCUGCUCCAGGUCUGCCAGGUCGUGGCCAAGGGUGUGCUCUGCUUUUUGCCUUCUUACAAGAUGCUGGACAAGCUGCGAGACCGAUGGACCAACACUGGUCUCUGGGAGAAGCUGGAGCAACGUAAAACUGUGAUCACAGAGCCUCGCGGCGGUGGCAAAGGGGAUUUUGAUGAAUUGCUUCAGGUGUACUAUGAUGCCAUCAAAUACUGUGAGGAAAGAGAUGGUGCACUGCUGAUCGCUGUCUGUAGGGGUAAAGUGAGUGAAGGACUAGACUUUACAGAUGACAAUGCCAGGGCGGUGGUCACCAUUGGAAUUCCCUUCCCAAACAUCAAAGACCUCCAGGUGGAACUGAAGAUGAAAUACAAUGAUCAGCACAGCAAGUCCAGAGGUCUUCUCCCAGGCCACCGUUGGUAUGAGAUUCAAGCCUACAGAGCUCUAAACCAGGCCCUGGGGAGGUGCAUCCGCCACAGGAAUGACUGGGGGGCCCUAAUUCUGGUGGACGAGCGUUACAGGAGUAAUCCCAAUAAAUACAUCACAGGUCUGUCUAAAUGGGUCCGCCAGCUCGUCCAGCAUCAUGACACCUUCAGCAAUGCCAUGCAGUCUCUGGUGGCAUUCUCUCAGGGGCAACAGAAGGUGGAGGCGGAGGUCGUCCCUGCAGACAGUCAGACCCCCAGCUCUACUGUCUCCUCUCCAAAUGGUCACUUGCCACUUACUGUAGAGGGACGGGGUCUACCCAAGGCCUCAGAGCCUCAGAUACCCUGCACGUGGGCCAAACGUCCUGAAGCUCAGCAGGACACAAGCCCUCCAAUCGGUUUCCUUUCUCAUACACAGUUGAAAGCUGAGCAAGAUGACAAAGCAGAAUAUUUGAAGAUGAUGCACAGUCCCCCAGUGGAGCCCCUUUCACAUCAAAAAAAAGGAAAGGCGCAGCCUCUGUACCACAUUUUCACCUCCAGCCCCAUCAGCACCCGCUUCAAGAAGCCAAUCUUUAAAGAAAAAAUGCCCAGUGACUCCAGGCAGCAAGUGGAAACAUCUAAUCAUUCUGAGCACAAGGAAAAACAGCAGAUCUCGUCUCCACAACAGAAGACCGAGGCCGCUUGUCUUGAACAAGAGGCUCCAGACAGCUCCAGUGAAUUUAAAGUGGAACCACACAAUAUGGCUCCAGAGCCAGCUACAGUGACGGUCUCUCCCAGAUGUGAAAGUGAACCGCCCUCAGCACACAAUCCAGAUGAAGAUGAAGAGGACGAGGACCAGACUGUCUUCUUUUCUCCAGAACUUUUUGAGGGCGACGACAACGAAGGAAGCCCACACAAAGAGGCAGAUGCAGAGUCGCCGCCCAGAAUGGAGAGCCCUGCACUGCUGUCAGAAGAACUUUUAGGUUCUGAGCAGGCCCAAGGGCAAGGACAGUCCUCUGCUUUUGAUGGACAGAGUGCUGUUUCAGUCAGUAAGGAGAGCACAGAGCUGUCACAGGGACAGAAUCAGGAAAUCAGAGGACAGAAGCAAGGUGAGGAGGUGGAUGAUCAGAACAGGCAGACAAACAGGAGGCUUCACAGACUGUCCAGGUCCAGGCAGAAAGUUCCCUCCACUUCAUCAGGUGAAGGCUGUGAGGUCAAGAAUGUAGGAAGAGUAAGUGUUCAGAAGAUUGAGACCAGGAGCAGCCACAGGAGGACAGACAAGGCCAGAGCAGAUCAUGAGUUAAAGGUAAUGAACCUGGAUUUAAAGAGCAGACCGUCCAGAUCCAGACCAGUCAGAGUGAACAGCUCAAAAAAAGACAGAGUUCAAGAGAAUUCUUAUCAGGUACAUCUUUUGCCAGACCAUCAGGACAAUAUCAGGAUUACCUACCAACAGACAGAACAAGUCUUGAAACUAAGUGUAAAGAACAGAUUGACUGAGUCAGAAAAGUCCUCUGUGGGUGUGAGAGAACACAUAGAGUUUGAUGUUGUGACUCCUCAAAAAGAAGACAUAAGGUCUCUGCAAGAAGCUGAUGCAGCAGAAUGUAGACCUACAAGUCCAGCAGUGGAUUGUCCAGGAAGUCUGCACAGCAGCCAGAAAGCUAUAAAAGUGCAGAGAUCUUGCAAGCAGAAACACAGAUUUAAGAAGACCUCUCCAAAAUUAAAGAAAGUUAAAAGUCAGAAGCCGUGCUCUCUGGGACUCUACUGUUCUGCUUGUAAAAUGGAACUUCUACCCUUAGCACAUGGUGCGUUGGAACAUGCUGCCUGUGAAUUUGAACAUCUAUCUCUUCUGAGAAAAGACACAUUCGGUCCUGCAGCAAUGACCCGCUGCUGCCGGUGUGCACCACAUCAGCCAUCAGUUUCAGACAACUCAGGCUCACUGCUGGUGGUCCGGAGUCUCACAGCACCGGAGGCCCUAAGGACCACUCUGCAACCAUACUGUGAUGAGAGUUCAACUGCAUAUAAUGCCAUCUGGAACCCUGAGGAGGGCUCUGUUACCAGAUUUCUGCAGUGCAAAGGCUGUUUGUCUCAAAGCCCCGUCCUGUCUGCACCUUUAAUUGCAGCAGAGAUCCAGUACCCUCGAGACCCGGCUCAAGAUCAGAUAUGGUUGGCCCCAGCAGCAGUCCAGUUCUGCUCUCUCAUUGAUAUUAAAAGCUGAAGCUCAAUCAAGACCAGAGUGAAACGAUCAGUCAUGGCAGUAGAUUUCUUUUGCCUUUGUAUAAAUUCUUUCAAUAUUUUGGUGCCAUUGUUUUUACAAUGUGACAGCCACAUUUAGAAUGUGACCUGUGUGUAAACCCGCAUACUGUGUCCUGUUUUCAGCACUUGCUAAUGUUCAAAUAAACAAUA